AUGUCUUUUACAACUUUGAUUGUAGUAAUAGUAUCAGCAAUACUUAACAUUUGUAUCUGCUACCCUUUGAGUCAGUUCUAUAGUUAUGGUUUAGCGGCUGGAGACAGCGAGUUGCCAGCAAAUGACGACGGCUUCACUUCUAGAAUUCCCAUCAGUGUGUCUUUUCCUUUCUUUGGUUCGUCAUAUAACUCAAUUUACGUCAAUAACAAUGGCGACGUUACAUUUGAGACUCCAUUAAGCGAGUGUACCUCACAGCCCUUCCCAAUAGAUGGCUCUCAUAGAAUCAUAGCACCAUUUUGGACUGAUAUAGAUACAAGAAAAGGAGGUAGAUUAUGGUAUCGCACAACAACAGACAGAACUAUACUACAAAGAGGAACGAAUAACAUUAACACUCUUUUUCCUAAUAUUGUAACUUUCACUGCCACGUGGAUGAUGAUAAUUACAUGGGAGGAUGUAGCUGCAUAUGGUUGUUCCACUAGUGGAAGCUGUCAACAGUGGAAUACAUUUCAACUUGUUUUAAUCAACAAUGGUGUUAAUUCAUUUGUUGUAUAUGAUUACAACAAAAUCACAUGGACACAAUCUGCUCAGGUGGGGUUUAACGCUGGUGAUGGAGUUCAUUAUUAUUCAGUUCCUGGAUCAAUGACAAACGCAGUGUUAAAUCUUCCUCAGAUGUCUAAUAUAGGAAUUCCUGGACAGUAUGUAUUUAGAGUGGAUCAAGCAAAAAUAACCAAUGCAGAUACUGUUGACGAAUGUGCCAGUUCUCCCUGUGUUCAUGGAAACUGUUCUAAUGAGUACCUGUAUUAUGAAUGUAUCUGUGACCCAGGAUACACUGGUGUAAACUGUGAAAUUGAUAUCAAUGAAUGCCAAAGCUCCCCCUGUGUUCAUGGAAACUGCUCUGACCUUAUUAAUCACUACACAUGUCAGUGUUAUGCGGGUUAUACCGGAACCAAUUGUGAGAUAGAUAUUGACGAAUGCGCCAGUUCUCCCUGUAUACAUGGUAACUGUACUGAUCGAGUCAAUGGAUACACCUGUCAGUGUAUACCUGGAUAUACUGGAGUCCACUGUGAGACAG